AUGUCUGAUUUACAUCGUUCAUUUAUUAAGAAGAUCAAACAACAAGAAUCAGCAUUUGGAUUAUCACUGCUAUCUGAAAAUGUCCCCACCAAUAUAAAUGAUGACAAAACUUCUAUUAGUAAUCUAAUCAAAGAAUCAUCAUCUAACCCCAGAUCAAAGGUCACAAACAGGCAACUACCCAAUCAACAACAAGACAAUGAGAUCAUACAAGCAUACAACCAAUUCAAAGAAUCAUUCUUUACUGAAAUGGAAGAAUACACAGACACAACCAGAUCAAUAUCCUUCCAGACUUAUUAUCGAGCUCCCACUUCCAAACAAGACACAGUGUUAUUUUGUCUCCAUGGAGCUGGAUCUUCAUCUAUGACAUUUGCAACAUUUGCACAACAAAUAAUCGAAAUGACAAAUUCAAUUGGAAUCUUCUUAUUCGACAUCAGAGGACAUGGUGAUUCAUCUCCUACUACAGAAUAUGACAUCCUUGAUUUUGUCCAAGAUGUUCAUUUCAUACUAUCUACAUUCACCACCAAACCAUAUUACACCAACAAUUCCCCCAUAUACCUCUUAGGACACUCCUUAGGAGGCGCCAUACUAUCUAAAUACACAUCCCUCCACCCCGAUCCCCAAUUCAAUCUCCAAGGACUCAUAAUGCUCGAUAUAGUGGAAGAAACCGCGGUGAAAUCACUCUCAAUCAUGCCCCAAUUCAUUGCCCGCCGACCACCCCAAUUCCCCACCAUCGAAAGAGCUAUUGAAUGGCACAUGAAAUCAUUAUUACACAACCCCGAAUCGGCAAAAUUAAGCGUCCCUCAUCUCCUAAACCACCACCAGGGCCCAUUGACCUGGAAGACUGAUCUAGCCCUAACACUGCCAUUUUGGGAUAGUUGGUUCGAUGGUCUAGCUGACAAUUUCAUCUCCUUUAAGGGGGCGAAAUUGUUGAUCCUAUCGGCACAUGAAACUUUGGAUAAGAAGUUGAUUAUUGGACAAAUGCAGGGGAAGUAUCAAUUGGUGGUGUUUGGGGGGAAUAAUAGUAAGAAUAAUAAUGUGUCGGGGCAUUUCGUGCAUGAGGAUUUGCCGAAACAGACUAGUGUUUGUGUUGUGGAGUUUAUUAAUAGGACAAAGGGGGCUGAUGGGAAGAAAGAUGCUUUGGGUGGGAUUAUACCGAAAUGGGGUGGGAAGAUACAUAAAUAA